UGGAGACAGACAUCCUUGCCGGUCAGCCGAAGGGGAGGACCCAAAUUCUUCCCAAGCGUUGUCAUGUGAGCCAUCAUGGCUGCGCCCAGCUGGUUGCUCCUGUGCUGGUUGGGGAGCGCCAUCGCGGCAGCCUCGGGCUCCGAUCCGAGCCCCCCGCAGAUUUGCAGCGGCUGCUGCGCGGGCUCGGUGCGGAACGGCUCCGCGGUGGCCGCCUUCUGUGAUGCUCGGGUCGGCGCGCAAGUGCAGGGCCGGUGCUGCUUGGAGCGGGAAGCCGUCGUCGGGCUGGAUCUGGGGAACUGCUCGCUGGGUCACCUGUGUUCGAGCUUUCAGGAGGCCAGCACUGCUGUGGUCAUUGAUCUGACAGUCAAUCAACUGGAGCAUCUCCCUGAAGAUACCUUCCGGGGAUUCACCCAGCUACAAACUCUAGUUUUGCCAGUGGAGUGGGAUUGUCCUGGAGGUAGCAUCGUGUGGGACAAUGUCACCACCGAAGAAAGCAGCCGGAUCUGCCAAGGCCAGAGAAACCCCUGCAAUGGCUCUGGGGGACUUGGUUGGCUGUGCCCCGAGGACUCGCUUUGUGCUCCUGAUGGACCUGGCCUGCACCAGUGCCUUUGUGUAGGCCAAUUCCAUGGCUACAAAUGUUUGCGCCAGGGUACCUUUCCCUACCCGCUGUUCUAUGUGACUUUGGGAGCUGUCACCACUGGCCUGUCCAUCCUGCUCUGGGUCACCCAGCGGAGCAAAGUCAAGGCCGUGUAACAACCUCUUUCUGCUUCACACCCAGCCCUGUGGAGGAGAUGGCUUUUUCUCCUGCCUGUUUGAAGGCUGUUGUGGCCCCUCCGUUCGUUGGUCCUUCAAGAUCUGUGGUUUCAGCCUGUGGCCCCUGUUCUCUUAUGCAGUCUUCCCUAAAACACUUGAUCUUAACAGUUUCAGGAGGGGAGCAAUUACAUAGGGUCUGGCUGGUGCUCGCCACCAUCUGUUGCUUGUCUAUACUUUCACACUCCAGACCAAAGCGCAGUAAAACUGGGCUGGAUUGGGCAUGUUAUUUGACUCUCUCCGGCAAGAGGAGUGGGAAGAUCAGUUUUCUUGCUUCCCUGUCGGACCGAUAUCUUUGGGUUUCGUAUGAAAUUAUAAUAACCCCGAGUGAACUGGCUUGUGCUGAUGGUGUAGAGAGGAACCGCCUCAAUUGCCGGGAAGCAUUUCAGGAGUUGCUUUGACUGUUUUGAAAACUCUCUGACUUUCCAGUUUUCUUGUGCUGUGGAAGAGGCAUGUGUGCUUCCUGUUUCUCCAACCGGAGGCUUCUUGUUCUGUCAGGCUUCUGGAAGACUCUCCAAGCCACUUAGAGGGACAGAAAUAGAGACUCCCUUUCAACCUCGCUGUACAGUAACAGUGAAUUCUGCAGCCCAAAGAACCAACUGCAUCCUGCAGAAAGAGGCGAGGUUGGCCUGAGACCCUAGAGGGCCACUGCCAGUCUGCACAGACAAUACCAGCUUUGAUGGACUGGUGGUCUGAUUCAGUGUAAAGCAGUUUCAUGUCUUCUGUGGCAUGCAGAUGUUUUCUGGAAUGUUUUAGAAGCCCCUCUGCAUCGCAGGGGAGUAAUUUCUUGCCACUGACCCACAAACGGCUAAGGAGGGUACUAUAAAGAGAUAGGAUGAGAUGGGCAUUGCGCUUGAAGUCUAAGGGCAGGGGAGUUGGUUUUUAACCUGCAAAGCUGGGGCAAGGGAGUUCCUUGUAUGCAUACAUGCUGAGCACCUAUUCAUACACGGCUGCCCUGGCUGAUGUGUAACUGAAGACAUCUACUGUACUCUUUUGCACUCCUGUAUUUGAAAACUUCUGUAUUCAAAACUCAGUUGAUUAUUCAGAUGUUUUGUGCUUUUGAAAUAACUUCCAUAUUUCUUCCUUGUUAGAAUACAGCUAGCUACUGAUUUGACAUUGUAUACACAUUGCACGUGGACGUUAGUAGUAGAAGAAAUCAGUAAAGGAGAGAACAUGGAAGUAGGGAAGUAAGAUUUCACACACACGCCCCCCCAAAGAGAGACGGAGAACAGCAGACAAGCAGGAGUUACCACUGUUGACUGUUUCUUGCCCACAUGUUUAAAACGUAUUUUAUUUGAAAGAAGCCUAACUUGGCUCUUUAUUUUUUGAUGUUUUAUAUGUAUUUUAUUAAUAUUGUAAGCUGCCUUUAGCUCUGUGGAAAGGCAGCCAAUAAAUAAUUUAAAUGAAGAGAAUUAAGAAUAAAGAAAUGAAAAUAGAUGUUGGGUGGCUUAAAAGUAAGAAUUGAGACUGUCAAAGAAGUCCCUCUGACUUUCCAUCACAGUAGUUUAGCUAGCACUGAGGGUGCCUUUUGAGACAGCUGGGGCAGGCAGCUGCUUUCUCCUUCCUCAGUAUUUCUCAAUUCCUGCAGGCUUGUGUACUACGGUUCCAUGAGGAUUGACAUCCUCCCAGAAUUCUCUGCUGCAACCCAGUCCCGCAUCACAUUCUUUCACGUGCCCCACCGCCUCACAAUCAGCUUUCCUAGAAAUGCAGCACCACCAUCUAAUGGGGUUUGUGUGCAAAACAGACCAAGAGGGGCUGCUGGUAUUUGGCUUCUUAAACCACUUGGUUAAAGUUGGGGCAUGGAAAGAGUCCACUGCAGCUGGAGCAGAUGCUUGCUUAAUAAAGGUCCUACCAUGGUAAAAGCAGCUGCUCGAGGCCAGCCCAAUGAGCUGCAAUUCAUGAUUCCAGAGGAUGCACCCAAAGUCUUCUGCAUUAUGGCAAAAAACUACGAGGCACCCCUUAAGCUGUUUUCCAAGUGUGUUGUGGGUUUUCCGGGUUCUCCUGACGUUUCGCCUGCAUCUGUGGCUGACAACUUCAAAGGAUCUCUGAAGAUGCCAGCCAUAGAUGCAGGCGAAACGUCAGGAGAAAAUGCUACUGGAACACGGCCAUACAACCUGGAAAACCCACAACACCCUAGUGAUUCCAGCUGUGAAAGCCUUCGACAAUACAUGUAUUCUUAGUGUUUGGUGGCAAAGCUACCCCUGCUUUUUGUGCUAUCACAAAUGUUGUUCUCUCUUCGUUUGGCCCAGUGGUGAAAAGAGAGAAGCAAUUAACAAUAGUUUUGUGGGAAUGGGAAGAGGUCCCCAUCUUAAAAUUUCUGGCAUGGAGCUUCUGUUUUAUAUAGCAAACUGACCAAAUUGUAGUGUUGAUACCGUUUGGGCACUGGGGAGUUUGCCUUGUGUGUCACAAGAAAGGGGCUAUGUCUCACCACAUGACUGGCAUGUAGCAGGAUUAAAUUCAAUUGCUAGCCUUGGGUAUCAGGUGUUGUGAACAUGUCUCAACCAGUGUAGACAGUGCUUGGCUAGCUGGAUCAAUGUUCUGAGUCAGUAUAUGGUAUGUAAAUUUUACUCUGUUUUGCCUUUUAUACUUGCUGCAUGGUUUAUAGUUAAAAUUAAAUCAAAUUUGUACUUAUUUGGGCAAGCUCUGAAGUUCCAUUUAAAUGUUUUUCACAUUCUGGCUGUAAAUGGGUAAAAUGACGGUAGCUAUACAUAAUGGUUGGUCUCUGGGGGGUUGUGUGGUUUUCUGAAGAUGCCAGCCUCAGAUGCAGGCGAAACGUCAGGAGAAAAUGCUACCAGAACAUGGCCAUGCAGCCUGGAAACCGCAUAACACCCCAGUGAUUCCAGCCGUGAAAGCCUUCGACAAUACAGUGAUUGAUCUCAUUAACUGAUAAUUUUACUGUUGUACAACAUCUGGGCUUUUUCUUACUAGCCUAAAUCUGGUUUUUGCUUUGGUUCUGUGAACUGAAUAUUUUAAAUCCUCAGCUCUAUUUGACUGGGCAAGGGACUUAUCUCAUGUGAAGAAUAAACUACUAAUAAGGAGA